AUGUCCACCUCGCGCAAGCGCCCUCGCGCCGAGGUCGAGGAAAACAAGGCCGAAUGCCCCUUCAGCAUCACCUACGCCGAACCCGACAUCAAGGCACAGAAGAAAUCCAAGAAGAGGAGGAAACCAGAGCAAGAAGAGGAAGAUGGGAAGAAGAGCUCCAAGCAACUCUCUCCCUUCUCCCCUUCCGGCGACUUCAACGGCAAGAGCGCUAACGAUGUUCUGGACUUGGAAUACCAUGUGCAUCCGCAGAAGAAGUGGUUGGAGAUGACACGAUACAAUAGCUUCGUCCUAAACGGGACGAAGUAUUUCAGUGAGGGCUUUAUCUACGUCGCAAACGACCAGACAGUCCAACGCCAAAAGGCCGCAGCGGAAGGCUCGACAGAUGCCAACGAGCCUGAGAAGGUCCUGAAGCGGUCCAAGUCCGAAGACGACUGGGUAGCGCGCAUUCUGGAGAUCCGCGCUAGUGAUGAACACCACGUCUAUGCGCGCAUAUACUGGAUGUACUGGCCGGAGGAGCUGCCGGAGGGCACGAUGGAAGGAAAGAGAUACACGGGAGGUCGUCAGCCGUACCACGGCCACAACGAGCUGAUUGCUUCCAACCACAUGGACAUCAUCAACGUCGUUAGUGUGACAUUGCCCGCCACCGUCAAGCAAUGGAUUGAAGAGAACGACGACGAGAUUCAGGAGGCCCUCUAUUGGCGUCAGGCCUUUGACUGUCGCACCCAGCAGCUCUCGUCAGUUGAACGCACCUGCAAAUGCCGACAGCCCGCCAACCCGGAUAAGACCCUCGUCGGGUGCUCCAACAAGGAAUGCGGAAAGUGGCUACACGAACACUGUCUUCGAGAGGAAACCCUGAUGCGAACAUACGAGCGACUUGGCAAGGACAAGCCCCACUUCACCGCGAAACCCCCGACAGACGGAACAGCGUCGGUCGCUGAGAGCGACAAGGUCAAGGAAGAAAAGCCGCUCGAUGACGGUGUAAACGAACCCCUCAGCCCUACCGAGAGCGGUGCCGACGUGAAGCAAACAAUCGAUGCCAAGCCGAGCGAUGCGCUAGAAGAGAUCAAUGGGCAGUCAGUAACCGAGGGAACGCCUGCCGUUGUCGAUGAGCACGUUUCGCAACCACCUACAACUCCUGCCACACCAACCGUACCCGAGGUGUCGGCAGCGGCGUCGUCACGCAAGGUGAGAUCCUUCAAGAAGAAGCCGUCUUCCGCCGACGCAAAGCCGUGGGAGGGCUUGUUCGAGGCGAGGAUCUUGAUGGACAUGACCCCAUCGACGAUUGAAAUCAGGGAUCUUCGAGAGAACGUCACUGAAGGCCAGAAGGUGUGGACUGAGCCGCUGCUCUGCGUCGUUUGCGGAGUGGGAAUCAGCUAA